GGUGGAGAAAAGUUGCUCAUUUAUCUGUCAGAGCCAAAAUAAUCAAGGAGAGAAGUCAUUUAUAGAAGAGCUUGGACAGAUUCUAAGCAGGGAUCCUGGAAUACAUGGCGACUGCUGGGAAGGUGAUUAAAUGUAAAGCUGCAGUCAUCUGGGAACCGGGCAAAGCAUUUUCGAUUGAAGAGGUAGAAGUAGCACCACCAAAGAGCCAUGAAAUUCGAGUGAAGAUGGUAGCCACUGGGAUCUGUCGGACCGAUGAUCAUGUAUGGAAAGGUGUUUUUUCAAACAUAGACUAUCCUGUUAUUGGGGGCCAUGAAGGAGCAGGCAUUGUUGAAAGUAUUGGACCAGACGUCACUUGUGUAAAACCAGGUGACAAAGUCAUUCCUCUCUGUGUUCCUCAAUGUGGACAAUGUGACUGCUGCUUGAGUCCAAAAGCUAACUGCUGUCUCAAAUCCCACAUUUAUAAAGCUUUUCAAAGUCUGAUGCCAGAUGGAACCAGCAGGUUCACCUGCCAGGGAAAACAGAUUCAUCACUUCCUGUGGAUAAGCACCUUUUCUGAAUACACAGUGAUGCCAGAAGCAUCUAUUGUAAGAAUUGACGAUGACGCUCCUCUAGAUAAAGUUUGCCUCUUUGGCUGUGGCUUUUCUACUGGCUAUGGGGCUGCCAUCAAUUGUGCCAAGGUUGAGCCUGGUUCUUCUUGUGCCAUAUUUGGAUUAGGAGGUGUUGGUUUGUCUGUGAUCAUGGGUUGUAAAGCAGCUGGAGCAUCCAGGAUUAUUGGGAUUGACAUCAAUAAAGAUAAAUUUAUGAAGGCCAAAGAAUUAGGAGCCACUGAGUGCAUCUGCCCCCAAGAUUUUGAGAAGCCAAUUCACGAGGUGCUUGUGCAGAAGACUGGUCUUGGUGUGGACUAUACAUUUGAAGUGAUUGGACGCGUUGACACAGAAGUCAGUGCCCUUGCAUCUUCCCACCUGGGUCAUGGGAUUUGUGUGCUGGUGGGGGCACCUCCUGCAAGAUCACAGCUCUCUUUUGACCCUGCUCUCCUACUCACAGGAAGGAAACUAAUAGGCUGCUUGAUUGGAGGUUGGAAAUUAAAAGAUGCUCUCCCUAAACUUGUUUUGGAUUAUAAGAAAAAUAAAUUUAAUACAGAUGCAUUAAUAUCUCAUGUAUUGCCUUUUGAGAAGAUCAAAGAAGGAUUUGAGCUUUUAAUUUCUGGGGAAAGCAUUCGCUGCGUUUUGCUGUUUUAAAACUACAAUUUUAAGCUAUCUUACAGAUCUUUUGCAGUCUUGUGCAGUUUUAAUAGCACCUCAGUUAAUACUGUACAACCAUCUAAUCCAUGCUGAAAACGUUUAUAAUCAAUUACGUUGGUAAAGAAAUAUGGAAAGCCAUUUAAUUUAUAAGCUAUUGUGGAAAAAUGCUUUUGAUAUGCUAUUAAGGCCAGCUGAUCCUCCCAUCACCACUGCAAAGACCCAUCCAGCUUUGUACUGCAUGCAAGACAUGUUUACCAUUUGGCCAAAUUCAAUGAAAAAGCAAAGGUGGAAUCUUGAAAUUUCUUAGAUUGAAGUGUCCUAUUGUGUCAAACAAAUGGAAACAGUACUUGUAUUAUGUUGCAAUGAUAAAUGGAAUCAAUUAUAAUCCUUUCUGAAUAGUAGGCUUGUAUCUGUUGCAUGUUGGUUAACCCACUAUUAAACAAAUGAGAUUGCUUUUUGCUGUGUUUGUAGCUAGUCUGCCACCAAGAUUGUCUGGUACAGAUUCUAUGACAUAUCUCAAACAUGUCUGAACUUUCUUUGUCAAAUCCAUACUUGGGACAAUAUUAGGUCAAUAUGCCCUUCAGAAUCACAUUUCCUCAAAGUUUGCAUAGUCUCGACCCUGUUGUUUUUCAGGAAAGCUUUAAAAAAAGGAUUUUUUUUUUCAAAUGGGCAAUGAUGCAGAUUGACUUUGUCCCAAAUCAGAUAUUUCAAGUUCAGAUUAUUUUGGAAUUUCCUUAAGGUGCUACAUUUUUAUAACUGGUUCUUCUCUUUGGUUUUUCUCUUUUAUGAUGAUAAGUUGGUUUGAUUUAAAAAACAGCAACUCUGUAUGCCACCUUGAAUUGUUUUGUGAUUAGGCGACUUAUAAAUUGAAUGAAUGUAGGAAUGAAAGAAUAAGAACAAUAUGUUUGGCACACAUUUUUGUGUCACUUUGGUUGGUCAUAAUAAAGACAUUGAUAAAUUAUAAA